AUGGUUAUAAUUUGGAUCUUGUUCCUGACUUUGUUGCAGGAGCCCUGGGCCCCGGGGAAGGCCACCGGAGCUCUCCCGAGGCACCCCCGGCAGCGCCGGGAUGCGGGUGGACGCGGCGGCGUCUACGAGCACCUCGGGGGAGCUCCUCGGCGAAGGAAGCUCUACUGUGCCACCAAGUAUCACCUCCAGAUCCACCCCAGCGGCAGGAUCAACGGCACCCUGGAGAAAAACAGCGUCUACAGUAUUCUUGAAAUAACUGCUGUUGACGUUGGAAUCGUUGCCAUCAAGGGGUUGUUCUCUGGCAGAUAUCUGGCCAUGAACAAAAGGGGCAGACUUUAUGCAUCAGAAAAUUACAAUGCAGAGUGUGAGUUUGUGGAGAGGAUCCAUGAACUGGGUUACAACACUUAUGCAUCCCAUCUCUAUCGAACUGUACCUAACAGAGCAGGCACUAAGCGCAAAGCCAGUGCAGAGAAACUCUGGUAUGUCUCAAUCAAUGGGAAAGGACGACCCAGAAGGGGCUUUAAAACUCGCAGAACACAGAAGUCCUCUCUCUUUCUGCCCAGACUAUUGGAUAACAAAGACCAUGAGAUGGUCCGACUGUUCCACACAAACGUGAAGUACCGAGAGAGUCUCUUGAAGCCCACAAACAGGAACCAGCGAAGAAGGAGAGGACACUGA